AUGGCGACACAAGAAAAAGUUGACAUUGAAAAAGUGGACGAUGCGAUGGACGUUGAUGAGGUUCCAUUAGAUGAUGAAAUUCUUCGUAUGUCAGCCGAUGAUUUAAAAAGUCGAACGCAUUUAUUAGAAAAUGAAAUUCGUAUUAUGCGUUCGGAAGUGCAAAGAAUUAAUCAUAGUGUUCAGACACUUAAAGAACGAAUCAAAGAGAAUAACGAACGUAUUAAGGUUAAUAAAACUCUUCCUUAUUUGGUUUCAAAUGUUGUGGAACUUCUUGAACUAGAAGAAUUGCAAGAGGAAGAAGGAGCUAAUAUAGAUCUUGAUGCACAUAAAACGAAAUGUGCUGUUAUCAAAACCUCCACUCGUGCGACUUAUUUUUUACCUGUCGUAGGACUUGUUGAUCCUGCAGAGUUAAAGCCUGGUGAUCUGGUUGGUGUUAAUAAGGAUUCAUAUUUGGUUUUAGAAAAAUUACCAGCCGAAUAUGAUUCGCGCGUCAAAGCAAUGGAAUUGGAAGAAAGACCAAACGAACAGUAUAGUGAUAUUGGAGGAUGUGAUAAGCAAAUUCAAGAAUUAAUAGAGGCAGUCGUUCUUCCAAUGACACAUAAAGAUCGCUUUGUCAACCUUGGGAUUCAUCCACCAAAAGGUGUUUUGCUUUAUGGAGCACCUGGUACUGGUAAAACAAUGAUGGCGCGUGCAGUAGCAUCGCAGACUAAAUCAACGUUCUUGAAACUAGCUGGGCCUCAGUUAGUCCAAAUGUUUAUCGGCGAUGGAGCUAAGCUUGUUCGAGAUGCUUUUGCAUUAGCGAGAGAAAAGGCACCUGCGAUCAUUUUCAUUGAUGAACUUGAUGCAAUAGGUACGAAGCGAUUUGAUUCGGAAAAAGCAGGUGAUCGAGAAGUACAACGAACCAUGUUAGAAUUGCUUAAUCAGUUAGAUGGUUUUCAACCAAAUGAUGAUAUCAAGGUAAUAGCGGCGACAAAUCGCGUUGAUGUUCUCGAUCCUGCUCUUUUGAGAAGUGGACGACUUGAUCGAAAAAUUGAGCUUCCAUCGCCAAAUGAGGAUGCACGUUCUAGAAUUUUGCAAAUUCAUUCAAGAAAAAUGAACGUGCAUAAAGAUGUAAAUUUCGAAGAAUUGGCUCGAUGUACUGACGAUUUUAAUGGUGCACAGUGCAAAGCUGUCUGUGUUGAAGCGGGGAUGAUUGCUUUGCGACGUGAUGCCGUUGAAAUAAUGCAUGAAGAUUUUAUGGAUGCCGUUUUAGAAGUGCAAGCAAAGAAAAAAGCUUCUUUAUAUUAUUAUGCUUAA